AUGCUUUUUUCUUCAGUCUAUGCGCCACUGGCGGUCCUUGUCCAAGCACACCAUGUCCUAGCCACGACAGGCUGCAACAACGAUAAUUGCGCCCGUGCCGUGACGGGCACUCGCCGGGGCGAUGCUUUUGGGACCUUGGCCAGGGCCGACUGCAGCCGCUUCAUGACCAAGACGGUGACAGGCAGCGCCGUGACUGUGACAAAUACCUUGACAAUUACUGCGGCGCCCAAUCCUCCUGCCAUCACUAUACUCAAUCGCGACGUGGCGGUGCCGUCGUAUGCUUCAGCUUGCUCCGGCACUAGUCGCUACUCGAGCGCAUGCUCAUGCUGGGGUAUUACCGCCAAUACCAUUACCAUUCACCCAACUUCUGUCGUCACUGCCACCGUCACCGUCACUCAGACCCCAGGCCCGACUUACACGCCUCCGAUUCCAACUAGUUACGAAGGCUGUGUCUACCCCCCGAGCGACUCUGGCGAAUUUGAUCUUCUUGAUCCUACCUCGGCUCUUCCCAUCGUCAACAAUGGCAGCCUUGCAAUGGUUGUCCAGGAGGUCAAGGAGCCUUGGGUGCCUGUCCGCUACAAGACUGUAAAGGCAUCCGGCGCACCAAAUGGAGUCUACGAUGUCCAGCUGGUUGCAAAUGGUGCGCCUCAGUACCUAGCCAUUUACAAGUCUGGCAAAGUUGGAUUCGUUAGCACCAGGCAAGUAUUCUCUCAACGUUCUGCCACUGGGCUUUCUGACCGCAACAGCUCCAACGGCCAAACUUACACCGGCAACGGAGAUGAUCAAUACGUCACCUCCGUCUUCUCCUUCACCUGCAAGGGCCGCCUCACUGCUGGCAUCGUCGGCGGCAGCGAGUUCCACUUCUCCGUCGCCGCUGACCAGCACAUUGUCGCCACCUCUGGAGGCGCGAGCAAAUCCAAGCGCGACAUCCCCGUCCCCGAUGGCUUCUACGUGAUCCCAUCCAACAUCCCCGGCGCGCCUCCCGGCCAGCGCUGCCCCUCCGGGCAGACGGCCGUCUCCAAUGGGGUCCCGCCGACGGCCAACGGCUGCGGCGCCAAGGACGGCAUCAAAGUGCCGAACCUGUCCUUUGGCGAGUGCUGCAACGACCACGACAUUUGCUUCGGCACCUGCACCGAGCAGUUUGGACCCUGCAAUAAAAAGUUUCUCGGCUGCAUGACGCAGUCGUGUGUCAAGUUUGCGCCCAUCCCAAAGCUGUACCUCGCGUGCAACGGCGCCGCCGCGACGUACUAUCUGGCAGUCGAGUUCUUUGGCAAGAAAGCGUUUGCCGCAGCAACCAAAGAGCAUUGUGAUUGCAAGUGUGAGGACAAGAGCAAGACAGCCUGCGCCGACAAGUGUGUCGACACCAGCAACGAUCCUGAAAACUGUGGAAAGUGCUACUUCCAUUGUCCUUCGGGAUCCUGUACCAACGGCGCAUGCUCCUUCAAUUCCUGUACCGGCAGCGUCUGCGGCGCUUUUGGUCCCUGUGGUCCUGGUGGAAGCUGUGUCUGCGCUUCUAUUACUGGAGGCAAGGGAUUCUGCGUCAACGGCCAAACUCCGUGCGACGGCCUCUCCGGCUGUGGCACCAGUGCAGACUGUCCCCUGGGCAGUGUGUGCGCCGUAGGAACCUGCUGCGCGCGCAAUGUUUGCAUCACGACGGACGCCUGCGGUGGCUUCAAGAGUCCGCAGAAGCGUGCGUGGCUGAAUGCCACGAUUGCUGAGCCGAUGAGAUGGGUUGACAGCUUUUAA